AUGGCGGCUAUUCGAGUCUUUGUGUACUGUAACGAAGAGACGGCGGAAGGCGGCCUCUAUAUCGUCAGGAAAGAUCUCAGAGGCAAAGGUAUCGGACGAGACGUGAACCGCCAUGGCCUCGCAGCAGUUGGUGACGCAAACAUCACCCUCUCGGCAGGUCUGGUCAGCCUCUACGACAGCCAUGGCUUCACGUUCUACUAUGACGUACACCAGAAACGUGGGCCAGUGGAAGUCAUACUGGGGGCCAUUCCUGAAGCAGGAACGACCUCGGGUAUCACCAUAGUCCCCUAUGAAGAUGCCAUGUUUACGGAGCUGAGGGCGUACGACGAGAAAGUAUGUGAAAGUGAGAGGGAUUACUUCUUCAGAAACUGGAUCAUCAGCCAUGCAAAGAACAUUCUCAUUGCACGAUCACAUACCGGACGUGUUGUAGGAUACGGGUGUUUGCGGGUGACAGAAUACUGCAAUGAGAUUGCACCGUUGUAUGCUGAUAGCGACAUCAUUGCAUGGGCACUGUUGAAAGAACUCUUGCAGCACCUGGACCCGAAGGAAUCUGUCCAUAUGUUUAUCGUCUCGGAAAACAAAGCAAUGAUGGAGAGUGUAGGCAAAGCUCCCCUGACAAACGCUAUUACGCUUCACAAAAUGUACACUAAAACGCAGGUGCCCCAAAAACUGGAGCAGUUGUAUUCGUUAUCUGCCAUGUCAUUAUCUGUUGUGUGA